AUGGAGCCUAACGAUACCGGAGGGGGUUCGCCCGAAUAUGUGCUAUCUUCUGACGAUGAUGUAGGAACUCGUCAGUUCAAAGAUCCAAUUGUGCAGACCCAGUACACCGAGGCCAUGGACAUCACUGACAAACUCACGUGGCGGCCUUACCAUCACUUCGGUAUCAUGGCGGAGAAGAAAAUAAAAUCCAAGGAGCUGAAGCGGAAAAACAUCAUGGACUCCAUCCAACGAAUAGACGAUUUCCUGGGGAACUUCGAUGCAGAGCGUGACCAAAACGAGAUAGCGAUUCGGUUGAGCAGGCUCGAUAAAUUGAUGGAGGCAUUCGAGUCCAUCCAGGGCGAAUACGAGGCAUUCGACGAUUCUCCAGAAUUUGAGGCGGCAAAUACGAAGGUAAGGGCUAAGGUGGAAGAACAAUAUUUCCGGGUGAAAGGCGGUCUAAUGUCGAAGGAUACUCCCCCUCCCAACCCAGUGCAACCGUUAAUCCAGCAAGUGGCACCCGCCAUUACUCAUGUAACCGGAGUGAAACUUCCUACCAUCGAAUCCCACGAAAUUCCUUGCGUCCAAAAGUUUCAAUACUUGCGGUCGGCUUUGCGAGGUGACGCAUUAAAGCUGAUCGAAUCCCUAACGAUUACUGCGAACAAUUAUGCCAUUGCAUGGGGGUCGCUGCUUGAUCGCUACUCCAAUCCUUAUCUCCUAAAGAAGAAGCACUUGCAGUCGUUGAUGGUCCAUACAAAGGUCUCGGGCAAGUCGCCGUCCGCACUUCGGAACGUGGUGGAAGAUUUCCAGCGGCAUGUAAAGAUCCUCAACCAGCUGGCAAAGCACUCUCCCCCUGUCAGACAAUCGAAGCAGCAGUCUACACCUCCGAAGAUCAACUCCUUCUCUGCGAUGGAACAUGCACAGCCCAGCUGCCUUGCAUGUAGCGAUUGUCAUCCUCUGGUAAAAUGUCCGGUGUUUGAGAAGAUGCAGCUGAAGGACCGUUUGAAUUUGGUGAACACCAAACGUAUUUGCAGCAACUGUUUCAGGAGCAAUCAUUUUGCACGGAACUGCUCCUCCAAUUUCUCAUGUCGGCAUUGUCAGAAGCGGCAUCACACACUUCUGCAUCCAGGCUUUGAUUCUCCAGCGGCGGGAAAUUCCAGCUCCAGCAUCCAAUCAAAUCGAUCAGACCCAUCCUCUGCUAAAUCCAGUACUGCGAAUGGUAAUGUAGCUGCGAACUUGACUGGAGGUGCUAACGCGAUAUCAUCCAACUCGGUCGUUGAACCCCGCGGCGUAAACGUUUUCCUCUCGACCAUCGUCGUCAAGGUUUUGGACGGUUAUGGGAACGAACAUUCGGCACGAGCUUUAUUGGACAGCGGAUCGCAAUGUAGCCUCAUGAGCGACCGACUUUGUCAGCAACUUCGUUUGGUUCGGCAUCGUAUUGAGCAACCUAUCCUCGGUGUUGGUGAGUCCCAAAUUCGAGCAGUUUGCUCGGUGAAUACCGAAGUUCGUUCGAGAUUCGGAGAAUUUUACAUCCCUCUCAACUGCCUGGUGCUCAAGAAGUUAACCUCCGAUCUACCUGCUGUGAUGAUCCCAAUAACCAACUGGAAUAUCCCCAAGCAUAUAACUCUCGCUGAUCCAGAAUUCAUUGUGCCCCGCAAGGUGGAUCUCAUCAUUGGUGCGGAACAUUUUUAUGCGAUCCUACAGGGUGGCCGGUUGCAACUAGGUCCGCAAGCACCAACCCUCGUCGAGAGUAGAUUUGGCUGGUUUGUUUCGGGAAAGGUUUCCUACGAGUCAAUCCCUCAAGCUUUGGUAUGCUGUACAUCCACCCUAGAGUCUCUGAACCAGAAUAUCGAGAAAUUCUGGAAACUCGAAGAAUUAGACAAACCCCUUCCUUCACCCACCGAGCAACGCUGUGAGAAUUUCUACAAGGAAACAGUUUCGAGGAAAGCAGAUGGUAGAUAUGUCGUCAAAUACCCCAAGAAGGACAAUUUCCAAGCUAUAAUCGGGGAAUCGUUUCUCACCUCCAAGCGGCGACUAGAAGGUUUGGAACGAAGGCUAGAUAGUAAUCCCAACUUGAAGGAGAGGUACCAUGCAUUCAUCGCUGAAUUUAUUGAGCUGGGACACAUGCGGGAGGUACCUGAUGGCGAACCAGAACCACCCACUGCUUGCUACAUUCCUCAUCAUGCGGUUCAGAAGGAAUCCAGUUCGACGACCAAGGUGCGGAGCGUUUUCGAUGCAUCCGCUAAAACGAGCUCGGGGUUCUCCUUAAACGAUGCACUACUCGUCGGUCCGGUCAUCCAGGAUGAACUGCUGGACAUCGUCAUCCGUCUCCGUAGGCACAAGGUCGUUCUGCUGGCCGAUAUCGAGAAAAUGUACCGGCAGGUAGAAAUCCAUCCCGACGAUCGUUCUCUGCAGCGUGUGUUGUGGCGGUUCAACAAAAGCGAUCCGAUUACCAAAUACGAGAUGACCAGAGUGACCUACGGACUAUCCCCAUCAUCGUUUCUCGCAACACGAACACUACUUCAACUUGCCGAAGAUGAAGGCGAUUCGUUUCCCCUCGCAUCGUCGGCACUCAAGCAAGAUUUCUACAUGGAUGAUUUUAUUCGCAGCGAAGAGACUAUCUGGAAGGCAACCCAACUAAGGAAGGAGAUGGAUGAAUUGCUGAGCCGUGGUUGUUUCCCCCUAAGAAAGUGGUGCUCAAAUUGUCCAGAGGUUUUAGAAGGAGUCCCACCUGAGAAUCUGGCCAACCCAUCCAGCCCAUCAUUUGAUCCGGACGAAGCGAUAAAGGCUUUGGGAAUUUCCUGGGAACCUGCGACGGAUCAAUUUCGCUUCAUCGUUGGCCCUUUUUCGGUAGAUAAACCUAUCACCAAAAGUAAAAUUUUGUCCGUUAUCGCCCAGCUUUAUGAUCCCUUGGGUCUAAUCGCUCCCGUAGUUGUAAGCGCCAAAAUUUUGAUGCAACUACUGUGGACAAUCUCCAUCGAUUGGAAUGACGAAGUACCUUUGGAGAUCCGAACUAUUUGA